AUGGAAAAACCAUAUAAUGACACAAUGUCCCAUGAGUUGAAGAAGGUCCCACAAUGUGAAUUUUGUUAUGCAAAAAAAUUUGAAUACGAACCUCCAAGUUUCUGUUGCUCAAAUGGUGAAGUAGUCCUAAUGUCUACGAAUGUGCCUAAUGAUUUAUAUGAAUUGUUCACAAGCCAAAGUGCAUUAUCUGUAGACUUCCGCCGUCACUUGCGUGCCUAUAAUAGUAUAUUCUCCUUUACAUCAUUUGGAGUCCGUCUUGAUAAAAAUUUAUCAAAUAUGAAGACCGGGAUCUAUACUUUUCGUGCACAAAGUCAAGUAUACCAUGAAUUACCAUCACUUACACUUGGAGAUAAUGGACCGUGUUACCUCCAAUUAUACUUCUAUGACACUGAUAAUGAAUUGCAAAAUAGAAUGAGAAUUCUUAAAGAUGCAAAUUUGGAAGAGCCGAUUGUCGUAAAGUUAAUGGAGAUAUUAUCUGCAAAUCCAUAUGAACAGUUUUUCCGAAGGCUAAAAGAUAUUCCUGUCCAAGAGAGUUAUGAGAUCAUUAUAAAAAAUGAUGUUCGCCUAGACCAAAGAGUUUACAAUUCACCUUCAUCGGACCAAGUUGCAGCUGUGUGGAUAGAAGGAACAAAUUCAAAUACACCAAGAAGAACAAAAAAGGUUUCAUGCAAACAAUAUUAUUGCUACAAACUCCAAAUACGUGAAAAAGAACGAUCAAUUCUAUUAUAUGCUGGAAGACUUUUGCAACAAUAUGUGGUUGAUAUAUACAUUAAGCUUGAAUCGACUCGUUUAGAUUACUACCGGACACAACAAUCACAUAUUCGAUCUGAAUUAUACCAAGGAAUUGUUGAUAGCAUUGUAGCAGGAGAAUCUAGAGGAGAUAAAGUUGGAAAAAGGGUUGUUCUUCCCGCUUCUUUCAUAGGAGGACCUAGGGAUAUGCGUAGACGAUACUUUGAUGCCAUGUGUUUGGUUCAGAGAUUCGGAAAACCAGACCUUUUUAUUACAAUGACUUGUAAUCCUGAUUGGAAAGAAAUUCGUGACGAACUGAAAUUUGGACAGUUACCACAAGAUAGACCAGAUUUAACAGCUAGAGUGUUCAGAGCAAAGCUAUAUGAUGUGAAACAACAAUUAUUUAAAAGAUCGAUAUUUGGAAAAGUGGCAGCGCAUGUUCAUGUGAUUGAGUUUCAAAAAAGAGGUUUGCCACACGCACACAUAUUACUCAUAUUUCAAUCUGAAUUCAAAAUUACAAAUGCAGAACAAUAUGACAAAUUGGUCUGUGCAGAAAUUCCUUCUGAGAAUGAAAACCCAUCACUUUAUCGGAAAGUAGUGAAACAUAUGAUUCAUGGUCCUUGCGGAGAUCUCAACAAAAAGAAUGCAUGCAUGAAGGAUGGGAAAUGUAAAAAUCUUUAUCCACGUAAAUUUGUCGAACAUACGAUUCAAGGUAAAGAUUCAUACCCUAUAUACAGAAGAAGAAAAGACAGCCAAAUAGUCUUUGUGCGUAAUGCAAUGUUAGAUAACAGAUGGGUUGUUCCUUAUAAUCCAUAUCUUUUAGAGAGAUAUGACUGCCAUAUAAAUGUCGAGAUAUGCUCAGGAAUAACAGCAGUAAAGUAUCUCUAUAAAUAUAUAUACAAGGGACAUGAUCGUGUUGCGAUUCACAUCUCAAAUGUUGAUGGAGGGAAUUUCGUAGAUGAAAUAAAAGAAUAUCAGGAUGCACGAUGGGUAUCACCACAAGAAGCAAUGUGGAGACUUUAUGAGUUUAACUUAAAUGAGAUGUAUCCUUCGGUUACCAACCUCCAAUUACACCUUCCAAAUAAACACACAGUUUGGUAUUGGGAGAACAAAAACCUAGAAUAUAUCGUUCGUUCUGAAGAUAUAUCACGCACAAUGUUGACAGAAUUCUUUCAUUUAAACUCCAUAUCUGAAAUAAGUAGAGACUAUUUGUAUAGGGAGAUUCCGGAGCAUUAUGUUUGGAACAAGCAAAAUAAAUGUUGGAGUCCCAGACACCACAAGGCGGUAAUAGGACGAGUUAAUGCCGCCAACCCUUCCGAAGGAGAAAGGUAUUACUUAAGAUUAUUGUUAAACCAUGUGCAUGGACCAACAUCAUAUAAAGAUUUAUUAUAUGUUAAUGGUCUCCAAUGUGUAACGUUUAAAGAGUCGGCAGAAAGAAGAGGUCUACUUGAAAGCGAUAAUAGCAUUGUUGAGUGCCUCAACGAUGCUGUAUGCUUCCAAAUGCCAAUGGCUCUUCGAAAGCUUUUUGCAACUUUAAUAGUUUUCUGUGACCCAAGUAAUGUUAGAAAACUUUGGGAUGACUAUUUUGAAGCUAUGUCAGAAGAUUUUUUACCCGACCCCAAUUCUUCCCCUGACUACCAACUCAUGGAAACACUUAAGAGCAUAGAAAACUAUUUAAUAAGCAUGGGCCGGAAUAUAAAUGAUUACGAUUUGCCAAAUAUUGAUUAUGCGAAUGAUUCCAACAGUUAUGAUUCCUCUAGAGAGAUCACCAACGAAAUGGCUAUUGUUACUCCAUCUGACGAUUACAAUGCAAUAGUAAAUCUUAACAAUGAGCAAGAAAAUGCAUAUAAAACUAUACUUGAAUGCAUAAUCUCAAAUCAACCAAACAUCUUCUUCAUUGAUGGGCCAGGGGGUACAGGAAAAACGUAUUUGUAUCGUGCAUUACUUGCGAAGGUUAGAUCUGAACAUGGAAUUGCACUUGCAACUGCAACUUCUGGAGUGGCUUCUUCAUUAUUACCAGGUGGUAGGACUGCACAUUCAAGAUUUAAGAUUCCUAUCAUAGCUGACGAGUCAACUACUUGUAACAUUUCAAAGCAAAGUUCAACUGCAGAACUCUUACAAAAAGCCAAACUAAUUAUUUGGGAUGAAGCACCAAUGGCAAAACAUUAUGCAAUAGAAGCAGUUGAUAGAACUCCACAAGAUUUACUUGGCAAUAAUUUAUCUUUUGGAGGAAAAGUUGUGGUUUUUGGCGGAGAUUUCAGACAAGUGUUACCCGUACUACCACGAGCGACUAGAGCUGAAACUAUUGAAGCAAGUCUGGUAAAGUCUAAAUUAUGGAAAAAAAAUGAAGAAAAUACGAUUGGAAAAGAACAUGAGAGCAAGAAAUGA